CUCUACAAGGACGUCAUGAUGGACAAUCAGCCGCCCCUCACAUCACCGGAUGGAUCCAGUCAUGGGAACCCACCAGAGAGAUGUCCCCGUCCUCUGUAUUCCCGGGAUUCCACACAGGAAGGUCACACCAACCCUCACCAUCAUCAGGUAGAUGGAUCCAGUAAUGGGAACCCACCAGAGAGAUGUCCCCGUCCUCUGUAUUCCCGGGAUUCCACACAGGAAGGUCACAUCAUCCCUCACCAUCAUCAGAGUGGAAACCUGAGAGAUUCUAAAGUUGAGUUUAAAGAAGAGAUAAAAGAGGAGGAGGAUGAGGAUGGGGGGAUGGAGGAGUCAGAGCUUCUAAAAGAACACAAAGAUCUGUACCAGGACACCAUGGUGGAGUCAUCCAGCUACAGAAACCCACCAGAGAGAUGUCCCCAUCCUCUGUAUUCCCGGGAUCCAAUACAGGAAGAUCACAACUACGCACAACAUGAUCAGAAUGGAACCAUCAUGGAUAUUAAUAUUGGUGUUAAAGAAGAGUAUACAGAGGAGGAUGAGGAGUAUGGAGUGAUGAAUGCAUUUUCAGAAGGACACAAGGAUAUGAUGGAGCCACCUAAUACCAGGAACCCACCAGAGAGAUGUCCCCGUCCUCUGUAUUCCCGGGAUUCCACACAGGAAGGUCACACCAUCCCUCACCAUGAUUGGGUAGAUGAGGAACAAUCAUUGAAGGACACAAGGAUAUGAUGGAGCCACCUAAUCCCAGGAACCCACCAGAGAGAUAUCCCCGUCCUCUGUAUUCCUGGAAUUCCACAAAGGAAGGUCACACCAUCCCUCACCAUGGCAAGGUUGGUGGGACAGAACAUCUGGAACAUGGACUUAUGGAAGCGAUGUGUGGAUUUAUUGAGAUGCUGCAAUAUUAAAGCCUAUAUUUUACAGAUUAUCUUUUCUCUCAUUCUCUUGGUUUAGGGUGAAGAUCUGAUAGAUAUAAAAAUUGAGAUUAAAGCAGAAGAAGAGGCGUAUGUGAGGGAUGAUCAGCAGUCUGUGGAGGAGGAUGGAAUAACGGGGACAUUUAAAGAGGAGGACACUCCUACAGAGAUCAGCACAGUCCAUGGCCGGGAGAUGAGGAAAACCUCCGAGGAUUGUCUCACUUUGUCUCCAGACUGGAAAGUAGAAGAUGAGGACAUCACACAGUAUAGUCCAGGAGAAAACCCGGCUCCCUCCAAUGUCCAU